CAUGAGCACUGCGACCCGCGGGGUGGUGAAGAGUGAGACAUGACCGGAUAACCGCGCGUGGCUUAUUCCGAGGCCCAUGGCACCUCCACCACGGAGACACCCGUGUACGCGGACAAUUUCAGCGCUCAGCUUUCGGGAUGACGCCUAGAAGUGAGUGGGGGGGGGCAGCCUCGUUCGAUAUUUAUGAGGCUUCCCUCCAGGGAAAGCGCCUUCGGUCUUCGGGCUUUUCCCAGAAAGGCUUCGUUCUGUCUUUAUAGGAAAGGAAACAGCCUCGGCUCCUUUAAGAGCGCCCGCCUACUAGAACGAAGCGAGACUCGGGAAAGACCGGGGCGUUGGGGGACCGGGACCAUCCCGUAUUAAAAGGAUUGUCUUGCGUCACGCUCCCCCCCAGCCAAUCAGAAUGGAAUCUCGAGGCACGCAUUACUAAGGCGACGGGAGAGACGCCUCUCGGUGAAGAGUGAACGAACUGCAGCUUCGCCCUAGAGGUUGUGACCCCUCGCGGCUUCCUUAUCUCGCCCCCUCCUCCCGGUAGCCCGGGUAACAGGCCUCUAGCCCGGCCAGAAUCCGCUAGCUGGAAGGGAGGUCGCAGCUGUCAAGUGCUCACGGGGACGACGAAGAUGGCGGCGGGAAAGGCGGCGGUCGGGGGGGCCCCCUUCUCGGCAGCCGGGACACUAUAACAUGACUCCCCCUCCGCCCGCCGCGCCCCAGUCCCAGGAACUCUGACCCCGCACGCCCGUGGGCCCCGAAUAACGGGCAAAGUUGGUGUCGUGGUGCUGGUGGUGACAUCAUCCGCUCAGAGCCAUGUUGUCAUUGAAGGGGAUAUACUUUAUGAUUGCACUCUUUUUGGGAAGCUUUUUCGGAAGUAUUUUCAUGUUGGCUCCUUGUUUACCUUUGAUGUUUAUAAAGCCAUCCUUUUAUCGCCGGAUCAACAAUCGCCUUGUGGCAACCUGGCUCACACUUCCAGUGGCUUUGCUGGAGACCAUAUUUCGUGUAAAAGUGAUCAUAACAGGUGAUGCCUUUGUUCCUGGGGAGAGAAGCGUUAUUAUUAUGAAUCACCGGACAAGAAUGGAUUGGAUGUUUCUGUGGAAUUGCCUAAUGCGAUAUAGCUACCUCAGAUUAGAAAAAAUCUGCCUCAAAUCCAGUCUCAAAAGUGUUCCUGGUUUUGGUUGGGCAAUGCAGGCUGCUGCUUAUAUCUUCAUUCAUAGAAGGUGGAAGGAUGAUAAAAGUCACUUUGAAAAUAUGUUAAAUUAUUUCUGUGAUAUUCAGGAACCACUUCAACUCCUCAUAUUCCCAGAAGGGACUGAUCUCACAGAAAACAGCAAGGCUAAAAGCAAUGAGUUUGCUGAAAAGAAUGGACUUGAGAAAUAUGAAUAUGUCUUACAUCCAAGAACUACAGGCUUUACUUUUGUAGUGGAAUGCCUAAGAGAAGGUAAGAACCUUGAUGCCAUCCAUGAUGUUACUGUGGCAUACCCUCAUAACAUUCCUCAGACAGAGAAGCACCUCAUAAAUGGAAACUUCCCCAAGGAGAUCCACUUUCACAUCAGUAGAUAUCCAUUAGAAACCCUACCAGAGUCCAAGGAGGAACUCCAAGUCUGGUGCCACAAACGAUGGCAAGAGAAAGAAGAACGACUCCGUAUGUUCUAUGAAGGUCCGAAGAAUUUUGGAUUCACAGGGAAGAGUGUGAUUCCACCUUGCAAAUCAGAAUUCAGGGUACAAAUGAUCAAACUGUUUUCUAUCCUAUACUGGACCUUCUUCCCACCUACUAUGUGUUUUCUUACAUAUUGCUACAGCAUUGUUCGGUGGUAUUUUUUUAUCACAAUUGUCUUUCUUGUGCUACAAGAGAAAAUAUUUGGUGGACUAGAAGUCAUUGAACUUGCAUGUUACCGGUUAUUAUGGAAAAGACAACGAGUAGAUGGCAAGAAAAAAGAUUGAAAACAAUAGGAUUCACAGACCAGAAACUUGAGGGAUUUUUUUUAAAAAGUUCUACAUACAGCCUUUGUAAACUGAGAAGAUUUUUUUGCAUGAAAAUUUCAGAUCUUUCUUACGACCACCAUUCUUUAUUAAAGACAUUUUGCACUUGGUUUUGUGAAAAGGAAAAAAAAAAAAAACAGAUGUUGCUCUAUAUGAAAAUAGUUUUUAAUCUCAAAAUGUAAUUUUAUUAUUGUUUCAGCAAGGAGAUUCAGUGGUGAAAUAAUUCUUGCUGCAUUAUUAAACAAUCAUUAGGUUGUUAAUAGGCAAAGUACACAAUGAAUUUAUACAAAAACUCCAAUGCUAUCAUCCAGCCAAACUAUGUAGCCAAAGGAGAUAGAUCUGUGACUUGUAACCCCUAGCACAAAUCAAGUCUCUACACUGAAGAGUGGAGGUAGGUCACCUCACUUAUUCAGAUGAGUUGUCUUUUUUACUUUUUCCUCUGCAUUGCCCUAACCACCAUUUCCCAAAAGCCGUCCUCAUUCCAGCUUUCUCUAGGCCCCUGACUGAAAUUUCUUGCCCUCCUUAGAUUAGUCACAAGAUUUGACAACCAAUCAACACAAAGAAUGUGGUUAUUCAUAAGAGGCUAAUACUUGGUUUUUGGUAACCUACAGACUGAAAAACCAUGUGUGCCCUCUUGCCCUUAAAGGGAAUUAGGUCUAUAAGUGAACAGAGACUUUACCAAUUUCUAAACCUCAAUUUGAAUUUUGCAAUGAGAAAUUUUGCUAGUUUUUCACGUCUUCAUUUUAUUGUUGUUAUAUGAUCAGUGCUCAUUUUCCUUCAGUAUAUUGGUAGUUUUUAAUCUUUGCUCCUAAGAGAGAUCUAUAUGAAAAAAUAUAUACUAACUUUUUUGCCCUCCCCCCCCAAAUGCAGAGUACAAUCUGAAAUUAACAAACUGUGUAUUCUUAAGUGUUUCUGAAAGCCUACAGAUAAGGGAAGACUACCUCUCUGUCUAUAAAAAUCUUAGUGUAGCCCUUAAAAAAACAAAACAAAACAGCCUUAAAGACAGUUAUUGGUAAUAGCCAAAAUUACAUGACAAUAGAAUUUCCCAUCAUAUAGCUAACAAUUCAAAUGACACUUUUAACCUACUGACAUAGAGCUCAUUAGCAACACUGUUCUACAGCUUGACUUCUUUCUGUCUCAGCUUACCUUUUGCUCUUGACCAGUUUGUUUAGCUAAAUAAAAAUGUUGCCACCAGUGGAAACUCCACUGCCACUCAGUGGAAACUGGAACCAGUAACAUAAACUUUCAAUUCCUUUAUGAGGCAAGAAAAACUUUAUAAUUUCUUCCUCCUUAGCAUUUGGCUCCAAAAUAUGGAAAUGGUGGACACAGGAAUGAAAAGAGGAAGGGAUUUAAAGUCAUUGACUAUUAGCAAAUCUGUUGGCUUUGUUGCAUCCUUUAAACAGCCUCCAAAGUUAUUCACUGUAUUGUGUACUUGGCUCACCAGAGUUUGUCCUUGUCCUACAGAAAAGGGAAGACUGUUUCUGUUCUGUUCGUAAAAAUCUGAGUCUAACCCUUUAAAAAAAAAACUUCAAUAAAAGGCACAUAUGGGUAAUAGCCAAAUUUUUUUACAAAAGAAUUUCCUAUCAUAUCUGACAAUUCAAACUACAUUUAAUUAAAACAUUUUGUGCUAGACAGUAGUUCCUACUACAAAUUUUAACUUUGUGCUGCCAUUAAAGCUGUAAACACAUAGUAAGUAUGGCUUACUAAUUAAAUUCUUGUAGGAAAUACCUGUUAGUCUAGAAAGAACUUGGUGGAAAAUAAUUUUUGUUAGAAGGCACCACAAAAAAGUGUAUUGACUGUGCCUCUUUUACAAAACUAGCCUAUAUUAAACUAUCUUCCCUCCUCCCAUUACAGCUGCUUUUAAUAAUCUGCACAUAGCUACUAAUUGGUUAUUACACACAUGUGCUGAAAGCCAUCUGUUUAACUUCAUAGGUUUUUUUUUUGUUUUUAUUUGCCGAUUGAAGGGAAGUUAACCUUUUUUCCAUUAUAAAAUUGGUUUCUAAUUUAGGUUUGUCUCAAACUUCCUUUGGCUAUAUUUAGAAACUCAAAAAGAUUUUGACAGUUGGGAUUUCUCAGUUGGAGGUGGGCAAGGAAAGGCUAUGCUUUCAAUCCUGUGAAUGUGUUUAUUUAUAGUAUAUAUUCUUUGUAAGUUGAAAUCAUAGCUACUGUCCAUAGCUAUGCAGCUCCCUGUCUGAGGAACAUUUUCCAUCUAAUCUAAUGCACUUUCAGUUCUGAAUCUUGCAAAGAAAAACACUUUUUUCCCCCCACAGAAGACAGUUUUAAGAUUAAACUUAAACAAUAAACAAAUAAACAAAAAAAACAAUAAGCCUUAAAAAACAAAAACAAAAACAAACAACAAAAAAAAAAAACAAGAUUUCAGAAUCAGAAGUUACAGACAUUCAUACCAGGGAGAAACAGUUUUUGCAAGGCUCUGGGGAGGGGGUAGUGGAGAGAAAAUAAAAUAAGCAGUUUUUGCCUGGAGAAAGUUCCCCCUUUGAAAUGGAGGAAAAAAAAUUUUUUUUCUGCAUUUUUCAUCUUUUGAAAAAAAAUUUAUUUUAAAUAAAAUUUUCAAAACCUUUAAAGCAAUUACUGCUUAUUUGUAAUAUCCCAUUACUUUUGAAAUGACUCAGAAAAAUUAAUAUGAUAAUGGCAAAGUUGCAUCCAUGUGUUUUCAGUCCUUACAUCUUUCACUGUCCUCCACUUUGGUGCUCUAGAAACAGAGCUUCUUGUCUCCUGGCUCCAUUACAAUUCAGAGGUAAUAUCUUUUAACCUGUAGAAGCCUUGGAAAUUGUAAUAAUUUACUUGUCCAAAUGUUCAAUUUUAAAAUUGCCAUUCUGUGAAAUUUUAAAUAAAAUCAGAAUGUUUUAUACAGGGCAUGGACUGUGAUUUCCUCAAAGACUUACAAGUAAGUUUACUAAAUAAAUAAGGAUCCUUUUUCCUGACCCGAGUGGAUUAUCAGCAAAGAUAUGAGACAGAAUACCUCAUUAUUUUGAAUAUACAUUAAUAUUACAUGAUAAUAGGAUGAGCAUUUGUGAACUGUAAGGGAAAGAAAGAUGUAUAAGAAAGACCUUUUAUUUAAAGGCAAUAUAUCAAAUUUUAUGUUGCUUUGUUAGCAAAAUGUGGAAUGCAAAAAUAAUACUCUACUUAGAAUACCUUACAGUUAGAUUGAUUGGUAAUUUGGAGUCAUUCUAACAUUAAUGUAUUAGAAGCCUUAGUGUUCCAUGAGCUGAUAGUUCAUCAAAAUAUACUGAAGAUGUGACUCCUGUUUUCUUUGCACAGUGUCUAAGCUCUGGUCUCAACAGCCAUGCCCUUGUGCACUUUACAGCAACAGUUCCACUAGAGGAACUUGUUGGUGGAUUGUUUACAUUUCUUUGUAUGAAUGACAUGCUUUUAGUGCCUUGGUUAAGGGUCUGGUUUAGUUUCAGAUAUUUCUGUACUAUGCCCCUCAGACAAAGGUUUUUUUUAAUUCAUUUAAAAAGAACUGUUUAGGCUUGUGGUCUCUAAAUGCUUGUUACUAUCGUUGGUAAACAUCACUUUAUGACAAUGUUUAGGUAACAGCUGAAAUCCAAGAAAUUUUUUUGAUUUGUAUCAGUUUUAGAAGAUGCACAAAUUUGCCAAUAACUGUGUUGCCUUUAUUUUAAAUUUUGUUUUCAGAAGGGAUUCUUGUUUUUGACAGCUUGCUAUCUUAUAAGAGGAUUGUAUAAAAAAAAUACCAAGAUAAGAAAACUCACAGAAUGGCCUUAGUUUUCAUUAUCCAUGAAAUAUGUUAAGAUGUUUGUGAGCCAUAUAUCAGUCAUGUAUCAUACAUCCCAAAAUAAAAUGGAAUACUUAAACAGUG